AUGAAGGUCUCUUCUCCGAGCUCAGAGUCUCUGGGCCCUGUGUGGCGCCUUGUAGCCUCCUGCCGUGGAGGAGUCCAGCUGGCGUUCCUGCUACUGUUCUUGGCGCCUUCUACGUUAGGGAAAUGUUGCGGUGUCUCAUUCUCAGGCCAGUGCGACGCCCCAGGGCCGUUUCCAUUUGCCAAGCUUAUCAAUCAAACUGAUGAAUCUGAGUUUGCCAUUGGAACAUCUCUGAAGUAUGAGUGCCGCCCAGGAUAUCUCAAGAAGCAGUUCUUCAUCACCUGCCAACAGAGCUCAGUCUGGACAAAUGCUGAAGAUGAGUGUAUACGUAAAUCAUGUAAACACCCUGGAGAUCUUGACAACGGCAUGGUGCAUGUGCACACGAACCUUCAGUUCGGAUCCAGAAUUAAUUAUACUUGUAACCUAGGAUACCGCCUCAUUGGUCAGUCCUCUGCUGAAUGCACUGUCUUUGAUGACUCUGUCGCUUGGGAUAGUGAGACACCUACUUGUGAGUUGAUUCCUUGUGAGCAGCCCCCAAGCAUUCCCAAUGGAUUCCCUGUCAUGUCCGGAGACAAUUUUCGUUAUGGAAUGGUGGUUACCUAUCGCUGCAACUCUGAUGCAAAAAAGAAGAUGGCCUUCAACCUGGUGGGUGAGCCCUCCAUACACUGCACCAGCAGUGAUGGUCAAGUCGGAGUCUGGAGUGGCCCUCCUCCUCAGUGCAUCGAAGUCAACAAAUGUACACCUCCCCAUGUCGAAAAUGCAGUCAUGGUGCCUGAAAACAGAAACUUGUUUUCCUUAAGGGAUACUGUGGAAUUCACGUGUCAGCCUGGCUUUAGCAGAGAAGGAGCCAAGACAGUGGAGUGUCGCUCUCUAAACAAAUGGGAGCCAGCGUUACCAACCUGCUUCAAGGUGAAACCCUGUGGUGCUUUCCUGGACCAGCUUCCUAAUGGGCGUGUGCUGUUUCCACUAAAUCUUCAACUUGGGGCCAAAGUGUCCUUUGUUUGUAAUAAAGGGUUUCAAUUAAAAGGCAAUUCUGCUAGCCAUUGUACUCUUACUGGGACAGAAAGCACUUGGAAUAGCAGUGUUCCUGUGUGUGAACCAGUGACAUGCAACAUCCCCCAGGAUGUGAGUGGAAUCCAGAGGAGCUUGAUAAUGAAAAACCCGUAUUCCUAUGGAGCUAACGUAACCAUGGAGUGUGACCAUGGGUAUACUCUAGAGGGCAGUUCUCAGAGCCAGUGCCAGUCAGAUGGCAGCUGGUUUCCUCCUCUGGCCAAAUGUGUAUCUCGCUCAAAUGGAGCUCUCAUAGCUGGAAUUAUCUUUGGGAUUAUCUUCUUCAUUUUACUCAUCAUUGUUUCUUAUUGGAUGAUUAUGAAAUAUAAAAAACGCAAUACCACAGAUGAAAAGUGUAAAGAAGUGAGUAUCUCUUUAAAUUCUCAAGGAGACAGCUGUGUUCAAUCUCAAGAUCUACUCAGAAAUCAGGAGAACACCAGGUACCUAUGCACAUCCUGAAUUCAAAAUGUUUGUAGCAACUCAGAUUCAAAAAUAGAAACAAUUCAAACAGAAUUUUACAUGCAGAAGCUAGAAAGUA